AAAAUGAGCUGAGCAGGAAAUAACUCAGUGAUUCCGUCCAGAUAGUGGUAAACAUGAAUCUAAAGAUAUUUAUGGCAGUAUUCCUUUCCGCAGUCUCAAUGACGACUGUGGUACAUGUGGCUGCUUCGACUAAGUCUACAUCUACGUCUUCGGCUACUGUUAAAUCUAGCACGGCAACAUCAACAAUGUCCACAACAUCGACGUCUUCACAACCGUCAACAUCUACAAUACCUACACCAUCAACUACAACACCUACAACACAGACUACAACACCAAAGCCAAUAGUGUGUUCGGAAGGAAGGUGCGACGAAGGUGAAGAUUGUUUCAGUGCUAGUGAGUUUGGUACCAAUACAACUUGUCAAUCUGGUGAAAGUUGUGCUGUAAAUGAAACAAAAAUCAACUCAACCCACAACAUCUAUAUAGUCUACUGCACAUCCGCAGCAGACUGUCAAACUAUUCAAACAGCAGGCAUUGGCGCUUGUUGUCAAACAGAUUACUGCAAGCCCAACUUGAAAGCCGCAAAAACCAAAGCAAAAUCCAAAGGAAAUAAGAAAAAUGGAUGUGAUUUUCCUCAAUUAGAUAAAAUCGUCGUCAUCUGCAUGACAAUUAUGUUAUAUAUGACUUUGUAGACAGGAAAGCAUAUGCCAAAGAAGCGACAUUUUAAAGAAAAACAUUAUAGAAGUUUUAAAUGGAAUUGAUUUAAAUUUAUCGUAACUUAAGUAUAAGAGAAUCGAAACUUAAUCGUUAACUUCCAAAACAAAAGACUUGAAUCACAUGUGGCGGCCGUGACAAGGUGCCCCGUACUUGGACUUCGUGUUGUUAUUUUAUCUGGUUAUCUGGGAACAUAGAGCUCAGUCAAUGUCAAUCUGUAACGACGUCCGCUCUAGCCUGUGCUUAGGGCGUGAAUGUUUUUUUUACAUUUCAUUACCUUUCGUGUUUAUUUUUACUUUUUUGCUUACUUGUAGCCUAUGCUUUCAAAGAAUCUUAAGUGCAUGUAGAUGGAGGGUCUUAUGAAUCUGACAUUUGCAGAUGAAAUGACCUUAUGACAUUUACUAUCACAAUAGUAUACUAACUGCUUACUCUUAUACUAUAAAAUGUUUUUUCCUGACUUGUGUUACGCCUGGCAAAAUAUAUACGACAAAUGAUUAA